CUUUUACGUUCAGUCGGAUGGCAACUCUCCCUCGUACAUUUUCUUUCAAUUUUGCCUCCGAACUCUCCUUCAGAAUUGCCUCUAAUCCUUUUUCCUAACGAUAGAGCGACGACGCUUAAAAUUAGGUAACCCCUCUUGCAAGUUUUAUCUUUGAAAUGGAUCUUAUCCAGCUUCAAAAGAUUCAUGCAAUUAUUAACAAGUCGAAGAAGAACAAACUCAUCGACAAUUUUUUCCUGUAUACUAUUACAGUGUUAACUUGUAGUCUUUUUUGUUCUAGCCCUCUCUGGUUCCCCUUCUUAUAUUCUUCUAUCAGGCUAUUUCUCUCCGUCUCAUUUCCGAAACUCGGUUCUAUGAUACUCAACUCCAAGUUCAUUUUCAUACUUGGUAACCUAAUCAUUUUUCUCCUAAUUGGAGAAUCCAAGUUCUUUGUUUCGAACUCUAGCUCAGCUGCUACUGAUCUAUACUACAAUGAAUACGUAAACCGCAAAAAGGGCCUCCACAAUUCAUCAACCAUGGAAGAGAAGGAGAAAAAAACAGAUUUAACAUUCAAUGUAAGCGCUAGCAAGACAUGUGAGGGAGCUAAUGCGGAAGCGAAAGUCUGGGAUGACAGAAAAUUCGAAGUAGUGAAGACGGAAAGUUACGAGUUUGAGGAGGUUAGUUUGCCUGCUGAGGAAUUGAACAAAAGGGCUGAUGAUUUUAUUGCAUGGGUUAAUAGACAGAGGAUGCAAGAGGCAAGACUACUACUUUAUUAAUUACAUAAACCAAUCAAAUUUAGUAGCAAAUAUACAUAUAAGAGAGGUAGAAAGAAUAAUAACAAAAAUCAUUGGAGGUGAGGACCUUGGGGCGUAGAAUUUAAUACUUUCGAGUACUUCUCUUGUUUGUUAUUUUCAUUUAACAUGGAAGUAGCAGAUUUAUCUUAUACAAGAUCAUUCAGAUUAAAUUUGGAAUCUAUGUUGAAGAGAAUAUGAGCUAUAUUUAUGUAUUUAAGCUAGUAUUACAUAUCCUUAUGAAAGCACAUGGGCUGUGCUUUCAAUCUUGAGAAAUAAAAUUACUUUUUCUACUCUGA